AUGCACCAUUUAGAAGCAUACUAUCAUGACAAGUCUAUCGACACUGUGGCUCAAGCCAUUAAACAUGAUCCAUACUCAGGGUCGGUUUCGGUGCUAAUUCAAAAUUUCAAGGAAGGAAGUGAAAUCAUUGCCACAGGCGUUUUUGCUAGCACCUCCAAUGAACAAGUUCAGUCAUUUCUCUGGGUAAGGCUACCCUGUAAUGUUUGCUCUGAUGUAACAAAAUUGAUUCUUUUAUCCCUGGAAUGUAUCGUACUGUCCAAGCCUUAUAUUCGAAUGCUACAAAACUACUGCAAAAGAGGAAGCAUGAAGGCAUGGUGUUACAAGUCUGCAUAUUUUUCGUCAAUCGGUUUCUGCAAACCAAACCAAUUGGAGCUAUAUCAAGACGAACCUGUUGUAUUUGAUUUGGCUUGUUCAAAACUUAUCAUUGUAACAAUCAUCAGAACUCCUGAAGAUAGAAUUACUCUUGGAUCCCUCCGAGUACUGGAAGAGCCUUAG